ACCUUAUGCAAAUUAUAAGAGAAGUCACAUUUUAUGAGUUUACACAUCAUGAAAAUUCUGUAAAGCCAUUUUGGUGUAUUUUAACUGAUGGUGGACUAGAUGAAAAUCUGCGAUUUCUUGCCAAUAUACUGAAUGCAGAAGUAGGGAUUAAAAAACAAGAUGCUAUAGAAGAUAAUUGUAUAAAAGUAAGUGUAUCUUCUAAUAUAAUAAAUGAUGAUUCACAAAAGCAGAAAAAAAAUAUCACAAAAUUGAGAAAAAUUGCAAAACUUUGGGAACAAGAUCAUCUUACGUUUAAAAUUAAUGAUUUUAAAAAUUAG